UUUACCUCCUCAAAUUCUUUUGAGAACCCUCAAAACAUAAACGCGGCGGCAGCUCUGAGAAGAGAGUUGCAAGUCCUUCUGCCAAAAUGGGUAUCUCUAGGGAUUCUAUGCACAAGAGACGUGCCACUGGAGGCAAGAAGAAGGCCUGGAGGAAGAAGCGAAAGUAUGAGCUCGGAAGGCAGCCUGCCAACACCAAACUGUCCAGCAACAAGACAGUUAGGAGGAUCAGGGUUCGAGGUGGAAAUGUGAAGUGGCGUGCUUUGAGGCUCGACACUGGAAAUUUCUCUUGGGGUAGUGAGGCUGUGACCAGGAAGACCCGACUUCUUGAUGUUGUCUACAAUGCAUCUAACAAUGAGCUUGUGCGUACUCAAACCUUGGUGAAGAGCGCCAUUGUUCAGGUUGAUGCAGCACCUUUCAAGCAGUGGUACUCCACACACUAUGGUGUUGAAAUUGGCCGCAAGAAGAAAACUGCUGCUGCUCUCAAGAAAGAAGCAGAGGAUGCUGAGGCCGCUACUGCUCCUGCACCUGCUGAGGAGGUGAAGAAGAGCAAGCAUGUAGAAAGGAAGUUGGAGAAGCGUCAGCAAACUCGUGUACUGGACUCACAUAUUGAGGAGCAAUUUGGCGGUGGUCGUCUAUUGGCUUGCAUUUCUUCAAGGCCUGGCCAAUGCGGCCGUUCAGAUGGAUACAUCUUGGAGGGCAAAGAGCUUGAAUUUUACAUGAAGAAGCUCCAGAGGAAGAAGGGCAAGGGUGCUGCUGCCUAAUAUUUCAUUUCUCGCACUUAUUAGUCAUACUAGUCUUUCCUGCCUCUUCUCUAAUGGAUUGCGCUUUAUUUAGUUGAUGUUCAAACAAUUUUUUUGUGCUGUAGGUUCAAGUUUCUUGACUUUGAGCAUUACAUGUUUAGAUCUCAAUGAGGAAUUCCUAAAUACUUUAUAAUUACAACUUUUCCUAGCAAAGGAAUUCCUAUGUUGAAGUGUUGAUUAAAAAUUGAAAAACAUGUUAUGCA